UUUCACUUCUGUACAUCCGUAACAAAAAUCCUACAUUUAUUAGUAUUGAUAGCAGUGAAAUGGCACUUUUUGAACUUUAAAAUCAAAGUUUCUGCUACAAAGUCUGUCUCUUUGACUGUCUUUUCAGUUUCUGUAAAUCCUUGAACUGGUGCUUCUUGGUUCAGUUGUUCAUAGUGGGACUUUGUCUGCAUUUUUUAUGCAUCCUCAUGUGAGAGUCCUUGUACCUAUCUACUACUUACAACACUAGAACCAGCUAGAGAUGAAUGACUCUGAGCAGCUGUCAGUGACACUGAAAGGACCAGACUGGAAGAAAACUGGUUUAUUUCAAAUAAAGCAAAGUGAUUCUUUAACGAGGCUCAAGUCUGAGUUAGAGAACUCAGGAUGCACAGGGCUGCUGGCUAGAGACAUGACCCUGUCUUACAAAGGCAGACCUCCACUAUGUGAUAUGAGAAGCAUAGCAGAUUUUGUUUGGUCACCGUGUUAUAGUAGAUUUGAGCCAUGUGUGAGCUUGUUUAGGCGCUGCAGGGGGCACAGUUUGGAAAAUGGAGAGUUUGUUGUCUAUGUGACAGGAUUUGUAAUUGACACAUUCUUCCCAGUUUUUGUGACAGGAUCCCCGACUGUCAGCUCUCUGAAAAAAUACAUGCAGCAACUCAGACGGGCUGAGAAUAUGGUCUUGUAUCAGAUGGAAGAGGGAAUCAUCCUGGAAGAUGGGACCAAAUCCCUUUUGGAAUAUGGUAUAAAACCUGACUCAGCCCUCAGCUUGUUGCCAGUGCCAGAUGAUGGAGGAAAACCUUUUCUGAUUACAGUGAGACAUUAUGAGGGACACCAGAUGGUAGUGAAUGUGCUUGGAUCUGAAACCGUGGGCCAUCUGAACCUGAGGUUAUGGCUUAAAGGAUUUAUUGCAUCAGCUCCGGAUAAGCAAUGGGUUAAAUAUGGAGAAAGAAGACUAGAAAGCUGGGAACUUCUUCAAGACUGCAAUGUUGGGCCUGACAGUGUGCUAGAUCUUGUACAAAAACGACUACAGGGAUCCCCAAAUUUACCUUUGACAGCAUACCUUCGAGGUUUAGAGAUACUUGUUGAUGUUGAUUCUGUGAAGUCUGUUCCUAGUGACAACAGAACAGGUGGAAGACAAAGAGAUUAUCGAAUUCUGUCGAGCAUUGGGGCCUGUGACAUCUGUCAUUUGAGACAGGAUUUAUCCAAAUGGCAGCUUGUAGAUCCACAAGUUAUUUCAUAUGGUGGUACAAGUUUCAGCAUUACAUUUCCGGGUAAAGGGCACUACCAAUGUUCGGUGACAGGCCUCAGAUGGAAAACUAAGACAGCGACCACCCUUCACUACAGGUAUCGCUCAUGGCAUUAUUGUGCUCCUGAUCUGGCUGCGAGAGGGUGGAGCCCUGCAAGUCCACUGUUUGACUUCACAUCCACAAAUGGAGCAAUAGCUUCUGUUCAGAUCCCUCAUUUUCUGUGCAUGAAAGGGCUACAGUCUGUAAAUGGAGUGCGUGCUUUAUACAUGCUGGACGAUAACUAUUCACUGCAGGAACCAUCACAUAUUUUUCCUGGUUAUGCUUCACUCUCUAAGCCCAGGUGGUCUGUGACAGGACUAGUUCACGCGAUGAAAAAUAUGCAUCCAGUACAUGGCGUUGUGCUAAUUUAUCGUACUCUGAGCAUUGACAGAACACUCCAUGUUUACCUCAUAGCAAAUGAUCAUUCUGUUGAGCAGGCAGUACAUUCAUUUGAAUCAAGAUCAGUCAAAAUUAGUAAGUUUUGGACAACAAGGCCUCUGUAUGUUGAUGAAAUGUAUUCUCUUACCAGUUCAACUAGUGCAGUCUUGAGACCAUCAAAUAUUGAGUUUCGCUACAUGAGUUUUGAUCAAGAACAGUCAUUCUGUAUGGUGCACACCAAAGACCGAGGCAGUGAUAUUGACCUGUCUUUUACAACACAAGAUAGUGACUGCAUAUGGAAAUGUCUCCUAAAAGCAGGUGACAUUAAUGUUUCUCAUAUGGUCGACACGGCUAUAAGAGUAGUUGAUCUUGCUGAUGUUCCUCCAGAUCCCAAGCUUCCAGGAGAUCCAUUUAACUAUAUGUGAUGCUAUAACAGAGGUGUGUGUGUCAUCUAAUAAUGUGGAUCAACAGAGACUGACUCAGUGACCUGUUGAUCGUUUAAGAUGUGCCGAUUCUAUGCAUUACGAAGAAACCGAUGUCGGUGAAGAAAUAUCAUUAAGAAAAGUGGUCAAAUAGUUAUCAGAAAUGAAUGAAUUGUAGAAACAAAUGGAAUCGUGAGUGCACACAUCAGUCAUAAUCCAUGUAAAGUUCAUCUCUUACCAGUGGAAUGGAAGAAAACUUUAUCGUCAUAGGAUGUUACAGAUAAUUUUUGGGAAAACUGUUCUUAAAAUAAGGAGUCAUCUCCAACUAUUGUUGUGGUACAUGGGAAUCAGGGAAUGUCAUUUUUAUGCAAAGAUUAAAAUAUUAUUUUCAAUAUUAUAUUAAACUGGAUUAUAACUUGCAGCAAAAACAUUAAAUUAUAUUAAACCUUUCUUAAAUGAAUAUAUACCAUUGAUAUAAAUGGAUCUAUGCUCUGAUUUAUUAGUAUAGAAGUCGCCUCUUGCAUUCUUUAUAAUAUUCACUGCAUAGAGCCCACCUUGUAAACUUCAUUAUUUCAUGUAUUUCACAUGUUAAAUUAACUUCCAGUGACAUUAUAGUGCCAGAGAUUUAACAGAUAUCUGACUGACAGUUGAUGCCAGCUGCUUAGAUUAAUUUUCAGUGCUACCACUGUAGUAUGCAGUAUUAGAGUUGAUGUACUCCUGAGAUACCAUACUUUGGAUGAUACAGUAAUCUGAUGCUUCACUUGCCUAAACUGGGCUAUCUCAAAUGGAUGUAAAAGAACAACUUUUUCUAAAAAAAAGAAUGGUUUUAUUAAAAUUUUAAUUAAAACUUUGUAGAUCUCACAGCAACAACAGCAACAACAAAAAAUGCCAUAAUUUGCAUAAAGUAAUUAUAAUACAUAUUUUGCAAAGCGAUUAAUGAAAAGAACCCCCAAAUAUUUGUGAAGAAGAUAAUUCAAUCAAAUACACAUAUACUCUUUUCUUACCAAAAGUGUAAUAUGACCUGUAACAGAAACAUUCCAAUUUUUGUCAUAUAGUACUUCUUUACAACUCUCUUCCCAUAUCAAUCACAAACAGAAAAAAAUAACAGUUUCUCCAAAAUUAAAGUCUUUUGUUUAGAAAUAGACUCCAAUAACCUUAUAAUAUUAUUUUGAUAGAGAAUACCAACAAUUAAAAUCAGGGGAAAAAGCACAAGCCAAAUACAAUAUUUUGCCAUAAAUCUUUUUAAACUUUUAUAUAUUAGAAAUAUGUUUUCUACUGUCGCCUCAAAAUUGACAUGUUUAAAGAAAGACAAUCCCUCUUUAUUUCUUUUGCACCUCAUUAUAAACUUCUCAUAAAUUCUCACAGAAAAUUAAUACCAUGAACAUACAUCCUACUCUGUGGCUUCGUCUAACACUUAUUCAUUUCUUCUGUAAAUGCUAAAACUUAAUCAAAUGUCUGUGGACCCACCGCUGCAUAACAUAAUGCUCAUUACUAUUAAACUAUACCAUUCAUUUAUUGAAGGUAUAUUCUGAUUAAUAUUUAUUUACCACUGUCUUGCCUGCUAGCAUCAUACAUUAUGCUAUCUUAACUUAAUCUUGUAUCUUUCGAAAGUUAACCUAAUAGAGUAUCAUUGCCAUCCUGAAUAUGCUUUAUAAAAUUUUAUAAAUGUAAGAAAAUAUAAUGUACAUUUGCAUUUCUGGGACCCAAACCUCAUUUUGUUUUGCAUUACAGUUGGUUCCUCAAUUAAUAGGGUUUAAUGCAGCAACCCUAAAGGUAUUAAAAUAGCUUACACUUCCUUGCAUAAUUUGUCUGAUAGUGAAUGUUCCCUCAGUAUAUCUGUCUUUACACAGCAUAAUAUAAUUUAAUAAAAAAAUAUAUAAUGUGAAUCAUUUAGUUUACACAAGGUAUCAAUUGCUUUCAUUUGCCUUACAACCCCUUCUGCAGCUGUAUUAAUCUAUCUUACUGAGUGUAAUAUCCAACGUCUUGAAUUCUAUUUUCUUUGAGUAAAUUGGAUGCAUUGUUUUAUUUUACAGUCUUCUUCUACAUUUACCCUUAAUGAUACAGACCCACUUUAUGCAAUUGUAUUUAUUUAAUAUCUUUUACAUACACAAUAUAAUUUUAUUCUUACCUAUCAGUAUCAAAUGAUUUGCAUAAUGAAAGCAGAAGAAGUGGCAAUAGUCUCAUGAAGCACCCAGGGCCGGUCACCUAUAAAAUAAUUUACUUAACAUGUGACUACAACAAUAUCCAAACCUGAAAGAAUAGAACUCAAGGAACAAUACUGAUGAAUCCGUCAGAACAUUAAUAACAUACUACCCUUGUUACCAUUAGUAACAAAAACUGCUAACAUGUCAAAAAAUAAAAACUUUUACCAAAACUAUAAUAUACCAAGAUUUCCCAUAAUGCCUCAUGAUUAAUAUUAUUAUAAACUAUUUUACUUAACAGAAAAGUAAUCUUCCUUUGGGACCUCUGCAUAUUAUUGAAUAAAUCAAAAUUCUUUGACCAAAAAUAAUAACUAUCUUACAUAUACCUUGGAUUUCUCCCCGACUGCUGUGUGUGCUUUGGCCUAGCAUCGUUUUAUACUCUGUUUGAAACUACUACCUCUCAGUUGAAUUGUUAAAAGUCUACCUACCCGGUGGAAGGACCCCCAGCAAACAAAUUCUCCUGACUCAUCUAUAACAAAGAACUUGCCAUCCUACUUAGUAACCCUGUUCUCCAGGAGGCAAGCAAAUUUGAAACUACUACCUCUCAGUUGAAUUGUUAAAAGUCUACCUACCCGGUGGAAGG